AUGACAGUUUGAGUAAAUCCGCUGCCUAAAUCCCGACUCUUGCACAAAACCCAGACUAAACAGAAAGAGAUUGAAACAUGUCACGGCGGUCAUCAGGGACAAUGUUGCGGGCAUGUCUAGUAAUAUUUGCACUAGUUUCAGCAUUGGGAGUAUGUGGACCUGCUCUUUAUUCCAGAUUCAAGACAACUCUCAGAUUCGUUGAUUCCAAAUCCUCUUGUCCUCCUUGCAUCUGUGAUUGCCCUCCUCCUCUUUCCCUUCUCAAGAUUGCCCCUGGGUUGGUCAAUCUCUCCGUCAUAGAUUGUGGAAGCAAUGACCCUGAUCUGAAGCAAGAGAUGGAGAAGCAAUUCGUGGACCUUCUGACCGAAGAGUUGAAGUUGCAGGAGGCCGUCGCUGAAGAGCAUGCACACCAUAUGAACAUCACCUUUGGUGAAGCAAAAAGGGUGGCUUCCCAGUAUCAAAGGGAGGCAGAAAAGUGUAUUGAUGCCACUGAAACCUGUGAGGGAGCCAGAGAACGAGCCGAGACAUUGCUGAUAAAGGAGAGGAAAAUUACGACGAUAUGGGAACAAAGAGCUCGACAAAUGGGUUGGGAAGGUGAAUGACUGUUAAUAUAAAUCAUUUGAAUAUCGUAGACUCUUGAAUUUGAAGGCUCCCCCAUCCACUGCGAUAUUUAUCGAAGCAGGCAAGCGAAGUUGCUUGAGCCUCGAGUAGUCUUGUUAAGGAAAAAUUCCCCUCACCCACCCUUCAUUUGUAGUUGCCUUAACUCCUUUAUAAGUAUCUAAACGAUUUUCACCUCUAAUUUUGUCAUACUACUGUGGUGCAAUUUCUUCACUUGAAGCAAAGUUAUAGUACAGGCUGUUCUAUUUUCU